GGUCCGGCACUGGAGACGUUCCCCAUCCACGACUUCACCACACCAGCAGCUCUCUCCUUUCUCUCUCUCUCUCUCUCUAACACACACACACACACACACGCACACACACACACUCCUGUUGCCGAGCUCCCAUUGAAGAUGAAAAACCGAAACAAGAACAUCUCCAGCGAGAAGAGCCCAUCCGCCGCCGCUCCUCCCGACGACGCGCCGAAGAAAAGCCCCAAGAGCGCGGCGGGCAACGCGUCGAGCGGCGGCGGCGGCGGCCCCGGGCCCCUGCAGGGGUCGAGCUCCGGGUCCGGGAGCUGCCUGGGCCUGGUGGCCACCGCGGUGUUUUACGUGGCGCUGUUAGGCGCCGCUGGAUUCGCUGCUCUCCACGUCCAGCGGGUCGUGGAGGAGCUCAGGGAGACGGGCGCCGGGCACGCGGAGAGCGCGCGUCGCAGCGUGGAGCUGAGCGGCCAAAUGGAGAGCGUCGUUCAACAGGUGGAGUCUCUGAGCAGCGUGGUCGACGGGCUGGAGUCGUCACUGGGCAUCACGCGGGUGGAGCUGGAGGCGGCGGUCGGCCGCAUGAAGAGGGGCGAGGUGGAGACGAGGAAGGUGGAGGAGGCCCUCCAGAAGCUCCAGAACAACCUCCUGAGGGAGCUGUCGGAGGGCAUGAACGAGGUGAAGGAGGCCCGAGAGAGGGACUUCUCCUCCCUGGAGAAGACCGUGGAGGAGCGGCUGGCCGAGGUGAGUCAGUCCAUCGCGGCCAACGUGGCGGAGUUCACCGAAGCCCAGGGCGAAGCGCGGAGCCAGAUGGCCGAGCUCGCCGCCCGCCUGGGCGACGCGGAAGACCCCGCGCUCAUCAAGGAGGAGCUGUCGGCCAUCGUCGGCGCCGUGGCGGAGAUCACGGCGUCCCAACGGGCCUCCGACGCCUCGGCCGACUCCAUCAGGGAACAGGUGGUCACCGUGAGGUCCGAGCUCCAGACUCGUAACCAGGAAGUGGCCUCGCUGUCUCAGGAAGUGGAAUCGGUGAGGUCCGUGGUGCAGGAGUCCAUCGGGCAUCUCAGGCAGUCGCUGUCCGCCACCGAGGCCGACGUCCAGGCCCUGAAGGACGAGAGCGCGGCGCUGGGGAGCGGCGUGGAGCGGGCCGCCGACGCCGCCCGCAGCGCGGAGAAGCAGGCGCGGGAAGAGGCCGCGCAGGUCCAGAGGAGGUCGGAGGACCUGGAGGGCCGGGUCAAAACGUCGGAGGAGGCCGGAGACUCGCUGUCGGCGUCCGUGGCGGACAUCGGCGCCAAAGUGGAGUCGCUGUUCGCCAAGAGCGACGCCCACGAGAGCGCUCUGGCCGCCCAGGGGCAGAACGUGGAGAAGGUCAAAUCCGGCGUGGAGCAGGACGUGGAGGCGCUGAAAAGCGGCUUGGAGGAGCUCCAGUCCAACAUGGCCACCCUGGCCAGCGCCCAGACCAAGCUGUCGUCGAAGGACUCCAGCAUGGGUCAGCGGGCGGCGGCGCUGGAGGAGAGGCUCGCCGCCCUGGAGGUCAGCAGCGGCGGCAGCGUGAAGCCGGAGCAGCUGCAGGGUCUGAGGAGCGCGGUGGCCGGGUUGGAGGCCGAGGCGGCCAAGCUGGAGGGCCACGACCGGGCCAUUUCGGCCCUUCAGAAAACCCUGCAGGAGACCACGGAGACGCUGGCCGGCUUAUCCGAAGGCGGAGUCGGGACGGUGGAGUCGGCGGUCCUUGAGGAUGCACCAACAAACAUGAAAACAUGACAAUAACGAUCCCUAAAAGUCUGUCGACUAAACCCACGCCCCCCCGCCCCGGUUUUCAUGAAGAAGUGUUUGUCACACACCCGAUGGUCACGGUGUUGCAUCAUCAAGUAGAGAAGUAGCCAAUGAGGGGGCGUUAGGUCAAGAGGGGGGCAGAGCUGUAGCCUGCUGCUGAUCUGUGAAUUCAAACACACUCUUUCUGCACUGUAGUUCCUUUUCCUCUGAUGUUUUGUUGUUGUUGUUGUUGUUUUUAUACCAACCGGAAUGCAAUAAUAAGCUUUUUUUGAGCACUCCUUUUUUUUACAAGAAUAAAGAAAACCUCUUGUUGACAUCCA